AUGAAUAUUCAACUGAGGGAGUUAUUAACUUCCGCACCAACCUGAUCGACCGAGUCAGAUCGAAGAUUCUUUUCCCUCAGAUAAACAAUUCGAGUCUAGCCCUACAACAAACUACAGUAUAUGGCGUGAGAGAUAAGAUCUCCACAUUAUGACCUGGCUAGCAGCUGUCGUCCUUUCCUGUUUGGUACUUCAUGUAUUUUGUGGUAUUUCUCCAGCACCUACUAAUGUUACAGUCACUUCUACUGGGUCAAAGAGUAUACUAGUCAAAUGGACUAAAGUUACUGGAGCAUCAAACUUACUUGGCUAUGUUGUAUACCACAAGGAGAAUGGUUCCAAUAGUGGAGAGAGUGCAACACCCACUCGUCCUGACGUCACUCAGCUGUCAAUCACAGGACUCAAGCCCUACAGAAUCUACCAUGUCCAGGUGGCUGCCAAUACCUCCCUUGGUGUUGGGUACAGAAGUGAGGCGGUUUUUGAGAGGACAGAUGUGGAUUAUGCAACAGGAGCUCCGAAAGUAACCAUAGUAGAAUCUCGUACCCCUACUUCUAUAUAUAUACAGUGGGAGCAUAUUCCCCCAGACACUGUCAAUGGAAUACUUUUGGGAUAUGCCAUAUAUUACCUGAGAGCAGUGGAUAUUGGCGAUUAUAUGAACAAAUAUGGGGAGCUGCUAGUUGGUGCUAAUGAAACAAGUGGAACUGUUAGGGAACUGAUUCCCUAUACUGAGUACCUACUAGGUGUGGCUGCGAUUAACAACAAGGGCGUUGAUCUGACACAAGGCUCUGUGAAGCAUAUAAACAGGUUAUGGACCCUCCAAGCAGCCCCGCCACCACCCAGAGGGCUGACCGUACGAUUCACAAGUGAAUCAUCCCUGCGUGCUGAUUGGCUCCUCAUAACACGUGACAAGGCUAAUGGGGUUAUCAUUGGUUACCAGUAUCUCCUCUAUAACCAGUCAGGCCUAAUGUCCAAUGACACCGAGCUAAACACAACGUCAUCGCACACCUUCAACGAUCUUGAGCGGUGCGAGGGUUACGAAGUUCGCGUACGUGCAUGGACCGCAGGGGGUUAUGGGAACUACAGUAUCGUGGAGUUGCCCAACGAAUGUGCUAUCCCAGUUAUCCAGUCCCCUUAUCUCAUACUAAUCGCGACCGAGACCAAGCCCCUCGUCCUUCCACUAAACUACACGUCUAUUCCUCCUGCAAGCAUUAUAUGGACUCUGCCAGACAAAUCCACUUUAGCUCUCAAUUACCAACUUUUCCGAAGUGUAAUAGAUGAAGAGACCAAAAGGGUUAGGGAUUCAGUGAUACAUAACAAUGAGACGCUGAGCUUUAACUAUGUGGUGUCCGGUGACAAGGGGACGUAUACGUGUAACGUGACCAACAGAUUGGGCUCGGCUAUCGCUACUAGGGACCUCCUUAUUGAUAAUGAUGCAGUUCGUAUUACAUUUCUACUUAAAAUAACAAGUGAAACAUAUAGCAGCAAGCUCAAGGAGCCAAAAAGCCCCGAGUUCAAUGCUCUUGCGAGCAACAUAAAGAAACAGAUCAGUUUGUUGUAUGCAGAUAAACAGUCUUACUCGAUACUCCAAGUCAACAUAAAUUCAUUCAGUAAUGGAAGUGUGAUGGCAAGCUUUGAUGUCCUUGCAAACCGCACCGCCAGUAUCAGUCACGCGUACCUGGAGAAAGAUCUAGUGGCUACCAUGGUAACCCAAGCUCGUAAGGGUAGCGUAGGAGAACUCAAAGUCGAUGGCGUCAUCAUUGAAGGUAACCCACCAGCCGUUAAAAAUCUGCAAGUGCAUGAUGUACAAUCGACUUACGUGAAGCUAACGUGGGAUCUCCCAGACUUUCCCAAGGAAUAUGAGAUCGACAGCUUCAGUCUUGAAUUCAUGAAGCAUGGAGACUCUGAUUUCAAGAACUCUAAGACCAUAGCGAGUGGCGAGGCGAAGGCAGGCAUGGUGGAAGGACUCGAGCCAGGGACAGACUACUAUGUACGCGUUGUGACACAUCGCAAGUUGGUCAGUCAGAUUGGCGAGAGCGAGGAACUGGAGAUUACUACCCCAGACCGGAUGUUGAAGGUCAUAUUGUUAACCAUCAUACUUCCGGUUGGACUGGCUAUCCUCAUCGUAUCCUUGUUCUUGGCUGUAUUCCGCCCUCGGUGCUCAACUGCUGACAAGCCUCUCCAACCCUCCCCUAUGCGUCAGAUCUUCGGCCCACGUGACGGUCCAGCCAAUAAUGAAAACCUUUACGCGGCAUGCUUGCGGGAGUUCCCGUGCGAAUGGAACGAGAUCCCGCGGGACGAUGUAGAUUUCGGAAAAGAGCUCGGGUCGGGCGCGUUUGGGGAGGUUUACGCUGGAACUGUCUCUAAAGACGGGAAAUGCUUGCCGUGUGCUGUAAAGACACUUAAACGUCACGCAACAGAGAGGGAGUACCGUGACUUAUUCAAUGAGCUUAGCAUCAUGGGACAAGUCGGCUUCCACCCUAAUGUGGUGAAUCUGAUUGGUGCUUGUACAGUAGAUGGACCCCUGUGGGUUAUCGUCAGCUUGGCAGAGAAUGGAAAUUUGUUGGACUACCUGCAUCUCCACAGGAAGCCCAACUAUCAGUACCACUCGUACGAGAAUAUCCCAACUGUCUCCACUGAACAGCCCGAAGAGAUCAGCUACGUGCAGAAGCUAAAGUUUGCUCACGGAAUCGCACAAGGCAUGAGGCACUUGGAAAAACACAAGUGCGUACAUCGUGACCUGGCCGCCAGAAAUGUCUUGCUCGGGAGAGGUCUGGAACCGAUAGUGUCGGACUUUGGACUCUCACGUGACAUCUACGAGAGUGGCAUGUACGAGGACCUGCGAGGGGGCAAGCGACCUGUCCGUUGGAUGGCGCCGGAAUCUAUUGAGGACUACACGUGUACUUCAAAAAGUGACGUCUGGUCUUAUGGUGUGUUGCUAUGGGAGAUUGAAACCCAAGGUACUGUACCGUAUGCAGCAAUGGAGACAGGGCAAGACAUACUAAGCGAGGUCAAGCGGGGCUACCGACUCGAGCAGCCACCCGAAUGUGAUGACAAAAUCUACGCCCUGAUGCUGGACACGUGGGAUCCAAACCCCCUGAACAGGCCAUCAUUUGAGGUGAUCGUCAACAGAGUCGAGGUCCUGCUGACGGCCGUGUCGGGUUACCUCGAGCUCGAAGGAGGAGGCUCCCUCAACCUCACGCCCUACGACGAGGUGAACAUCACCGGCUCAUCCCUGAACCUGUACACACCCAACGGAGACGUGCCAGGCGGUAACAAAAAUGAUAGCCAUACCAACGUGGGAUAUCAUGACCGUGACAACGAAGAAGCGCGGGAAAAUACCGCUGACGACCGAUAUGAGCCUUUUGUUGCUUGUCACGCAAUGCCAAAAGGUGAAGAGGACGGUGUAUCGGGAAGCGCGCAUGACAAAGAACCAGCCCCCGCUGGCAAAGAUGUUUGCAUCACGCUGUCCCCUCCUGCACAAGAGGAGUCACUUGACGAAGAAACGACAUUCUAGAUCGAUGGACAUACGCGAGCAGUAGAUAGGAUUUCUUAACAAACAUAGAGUUUAGUUCAGCGCAUGCUA